CAUUCUAUAAAACCUCUCUCUCUCUCUUCAACUACGCCACCCACCACCAACUCACACCAAGAGAGAGAGAGUCUCACUCAAUUCUCCAUUCUUUCUCUCUCUAGCUUCUCGUUCUUGCCACUAUCACUUUUCCCUUCUCAAUCUCAAUCUCAAUCUCCUCCUUGGAAGUAUCGAAAAGGAAAUUCCAUUAUGGACUCCUCGUCGUCGUCGAGCUCGAUGAAGCUCUCGCCGUUGGAUCUGAUGACCGCGAUCAUCAAGGGCGCGAAAGUGGACCCCUCCAACGCCUCCGCCGAAUCUGCCGGCGGCGCCGCCGCCGAGGUCGCCUCGCUCAUCCUCGAGAAUCGCGAGCUCGUCACGAUCCUCACGACGUCGUUCGCCGUCCUGAUCGGAUGCUUCGUCGUCCUCAUGUGGCGGCGAUCAGGCUCGCAGAAGCCGAAGGCGGUGGAGCUUCUCAAGCCGUUGGUCGUCAAGGAGCCGGAGAUUGAGGUCGACGACGGCAAGAAGAAGGUCACGAUCUUCUUCGGCACGCAGACCGGAACCGCCGAGGGCUUCGCCAAGGCGUUGGCUGACGAGGCAAAAGCUCGCUACGAAAAGGCCGUUUUUAAAGUUGUUGAUUUGGAUGAUUAUGCCGCCGAUGACGAUGAAUACGAGGAAAAGUUGAAGAAAGAGAGUUUGGCGUUCUUCUUCUUGGCUACAUACGGUGAUGGUGAGCCAACUGAUAACGCUGCAAGGUUUUACAAAUGGUUCUCAGAGGGUAAAGAGAGAGGGGAAUGGCUUCAGAAUCUUCAGUACGGAGUGUUUGGUCUCGGUAACAGGCAGUACGAGCAUUUCAAUAAGGUAGCCAAGGUAGUCGACGAUAACCUUACUGAACAGGGUGCGAAGCGCCUUGUGCCUGUGGGUCUUGGAGACGAUGAUCAAUGUAUCGAGGAUGACUUCACUGCAUGGAGAGAAUUGGUAUGGCCAGAGUUGGAUCAGUUGCUUAGAGAUGAGGAUGAUACAACUACUGUUUCUACCCCUUACACUGCUGCUGUAUUAGAAUACCGUGUCGAAUUCCAUGACCCUGUUGAUGCAUCACUAGAGAAAAAGAGCUGGGCUAAUGCAAAUGGUCAUGCUGUCAUUGAUGCUCAGCACCCAUGCAGGGCUAAUGUGGCUGUUAGAAGGGAGCUUCAUACUCCUGAAUCCGAUCGUUCCUGUACGCAUCUGGAGUUUGACAUUGCUGGCAGUGGACUUUCGUACGAAACAGGGGACCACGUUGGUGUUUACUGUGAGAAUCUUACUGAAGUUGUAGAAGAGGCUCUCAAUUUAUUGGGCUUGUCUCCUGAAACAUACUUUUCCGUCCAUACUGAUAAAGAGGAUGGCACACCAAUUAGUGGAAGUUCUUUGCCACCUCUUUUCCCUCCCUGCACUAUAAGAACAGCUCUGGCUCAGUAUGCAGAUCUUUUAAGUUUUCCCAAAAAGUCAUCGUUGCUCGCUCUGGCAGCUCAUGCUUCUAAUCCAGCUGAAGCUGAUAGAUUAAGACAUCUUGCAUCACCUGCCGGAAAGGAUGAAUAUGCACAAUGGGUGGUUGCAAGUCAGAGAAGUCUACUUGAGGUCAUGGCCGAAUUUCCUUCAGCCAAGCCCCCACUUGGUGUGUUCUUUGCAGCAGUGGCCCCUCGCUUGCAGCCUAGAUUCUAUUCAAUCUCAUCAUCCCCAAGUAUGGCUCCUUCUAGAAUUCACGUUACUUGUGCAUUAGUUUAUGAGAAGACACCGACUGGACGAAUUCACAAAGGAGUGUGUUCUACUUGGAUGAAGAAUGCCGUGCCUGCGGAGAAAAGUGAUGAUUGCAGUUGGGCACCCGUUUUUGUUAGACAGUCGAACUUCAAACUCCCUGCUGAUACUAAAGUACCAAUAAUCAUGAUUGGCCCUGGUACUGGGUUGGCCCCAUUCAGAGGUUUCCUGCAGGAAAGAUUAGCUCUAAAAGAAUCUGGAACAGAUCUAGGACCGUCGAUAUUGUUCUUCGGAUGCAGAAAUCGUAGAAUGGAUUACAUUUAUGAAGAAGAACUGGCCAACUUUGUAGAAACUGGUGCACUUUCCGAGCUGGUGGUUGCUUUCUCACGUGAGGGACCUACCAAGGAAUAUGUGCAGCAUAAAAUGAUGCAGAAGGCUGCCGACAUAUGGGACAUGAUAUCUCAAGGAGCUUACAUUUAUGUCUGUGGUGAUGCCAAGGGCAUGGCUAAGGAUGUCCACCGAACUCUUCACACUAUUGCGCAAGAGCAGGGAUCCCUAGACAGCUCCAAGGCUGAGAGCAUGGUGAAAAAUCUGCAAAUGAAUGGCAGAUAUCUACGUGAUGUGUGGUGAUUGUUUGUGUAAUCUUGGACUGAAGAGUAACGUUAUAUAUGGCGUAAAAAAGCAAUGGCCAAAGCCAAUUGGCCGUUGGAUGGGAAUGCUUUUAUGAGAGAGGGCUAUUGAUGAUUAUGCCCCCUUGCAUUUGCACCCUUUGAAUGGGCAAAAAUUUGCUCCUGUUGCAAUACAGCAUCCGGUUCUGUGAUUCUUUUGACUCUUUUAUCUAUCAUGUGAAAUUUUUUUGUUCUUGUAAUUUAUAUACAGGUAUAUUAUAAUAAGUAAUUAAGUAUUGUUAGGCAAUAGUUUAUCAUGGACUCUAAUUUUCCCUGUAUGAACCAAAAAGAAGGUUCAGACAACAGACAAUUGGUCUUGUUAUUAUAUAUGUAAUUGUUUAUUUGGGUUUAUUAUA